AUGCCACCCUACACAGCUGCGCAGAAGCAGACCAUCGCGCAAUUUUCGGCUCUGACUGAUGCUAAGGAGACUAUCGCUACCAAGUUCCUGAAGGGAGCGUCAUGGAACCUUGAACGGGCUGUUGAUGCAUACUAUGCUAGCCCCCAGUCCAAUAUCGGCACACCAAUCUUGCAGUCAAUUGGCAACAUCUUCGAUGAGUACCGAGUCAAUGACAACCCCAAUACCAUCGGUAUUGAUGGCGCCAUGAAGUACUUCAAAGAUAUCAACGUCCAACUAGACGAAGUUACCUGUCUCGGAAUCAUGGAACUAUGCAAGUGCCCAGCCAUGGGCGAAUUUACCCGCGAAGAGUUCAUUACCGGCUGGAGAUCAGUACAAUGCGACUCCAUCUCCAAAAUGACCACCUACGCCGCCACCCUCCGCUCCCAAAUCCCCACAACCCCAGACCUCUACCGCCGCACCUACCGCUACGCCUUCCCCAUCUGCCGCAUGCCGGGCCAACGCAACCUACCCUUCGACCUCGCCGCCGAACAAUGGCGCCUCUUCUUCACCCCCGACCGCGGCGGCAUCCCCUGGAGCACGGCCAGCACCCCCUGGCUCGAGUGGUGGCUCGAGUUCCUGGAGGGACGGGGCAAGAAGCCCAUCAACAAGGAUCUGUGGGAGCAGGUGGAGGUGUUUAUGCGGAAGACUGUGGAGGAUGAGACGUUUGGGUGGUGGAGUGUUGAUGGGGCGUGGCCUGGGGCGUUGGAUGAUUUUGUGGGUUAUGUUCAGGCGAAGAGGGAAGGGAGUGCUAUGGAGCUUUGA